AUGAAUCUCUCGAAGCUGGCACUAGCCACUAUCGCAGCAUAUGCGUCACUGGGUCUUGCAAUGCCUGUCAACACCAACAGCACCGAAGUAAACCAGCGCUCAUGUUGGUUCAUCUGUUUUGUCUACGAGCCCAUAUGCCCAAGGGGUUGGCAUAAGGAGCGACAGAACGAUGUAUAG